CUCUGCAUUUGUCAACCUUGAGCUUCAGGGAAAGAAGACGAAGAUGGCUACUAGUCCGAUUAAACAAGUAUUUUUACUCCGAAGAAUCAAAUCAGCUUCUCUCAGCAUGUCUGGAAGCAACCGGAGUUUUAUUCCGGAGGUGUUUUUGUAUUCUCGGAAAAGAACUUCUGAGAUUGAAGUAAUGGACGUUGCACGCCAAGUGUUUGUGUUAUUGUCUGUGUUAGUGGUGUGUUGGGGUUUGGAGAGAUGUGAGGCUUCUAGGAAGUUCAGCUUCGAAGUUCAUCACAUGUUCUCUGAUACGGUCAAGCAAACUCUUGGGUUUGGCGAUUUAGUUCCGGAAAAGGGAAGUUUGGAUUACUUCAAGCUUUUGGCCCAUCGCGAUCGGUUGAUCAGAGGUCGAGGUCUUGCCUCCAACAAUGAAGAACCUCCUGUCACGUUCAUGCGGGGUAACCGCACGAUUACAAUCGACCUUCUCGGAUCCCUGCAUUACGCCAAUGUCUCUGUUGGAACACCGGCCACUUGGUUCCUUGUGGCUCUUGACACUGGCAGCGAUUUGUUUUGGUUGCCUUGCAAUUGCGGUUCCUCUUGUAUCCGUGACUUGGAGGACAUUGGGCUUCCACAGAGUCUACCACUCAAUCUAUACAGUCCCAAUGCAUCUUCUACAAGUUCAAGCAUUAGAUGCAGUGACAAGCGUUGUUUUGGAUCAGGAGGAUGUUCUUCUCCUACAAGUAUUUGCCCUUAUCAGAUUCCCUACUCUAGCACCACCGUCACUACAGGGACAUUGUUACAGGAUGUAUUGCAUUUGGUCACAGAGGACGAGGGUUUAGAGCCUGUCAAAGCUAAUAUCACGCUUGGCUGCGGUCAGAAUCAGACAGGUUUGUACCGGAGAAGUGUGGCUGUGAAUGGUCUUCUUGGGCUUGGUAUGAAAGAUUACUCAGUUCCGAGUGUACUGGCAAAAGCAAAUAUCACUGCGAACUCUUUCUCAAUGUGUUUCGGGAAUAUUGUUGACUUUAUCGGA